AUGGAUGGAAGCUGUGAGGACACGUACGACAUAACGUACGAUGAGGACUGUUACUGCGGGGUCUCACUGGACGAUUUUGAGGCCAUUUUGCGUCACACAGAGCCUUCCCAUGGCGGUGAAGCAGAUAGCGAUGAGAAUGAAUACACUAGUUCUGCUGAUGAGGACCGUGAGCGAGAUAUAGAGUCUGCGAUGCAGCGUUUGGCUGCAUCGGUGACCGCCAUGCACAUCGGAAUUGAAAAUAUGCGCCGUGUCAUAUGGGGUUAUUUUCUCGGAGUUUACACUGCAGAAACUAUGGAGGAACUGCUUAAAGCGGUUAAACAGAAAAGGGAGCGUUACUGGGAGCUCGUGGAAAAGCAUCGACAUGACAAUCUGAAGAGCAUGCAGGCGCUGAACCCACAGCUGUUCCACCCACUGGCGCCAGUUGAACGUAACCCCUGGGAACAAAACCAGCGUUCGCGUGAACUGCUUGACGAGAUAUGGCAGGAUGUUGAACGCACCUAUCAGGAGCGGAGCCUGUUCAAAAACGAGUCUGUGCGGAAGACCCUACAAAAUGUGCUCUAUGUCUGGAGCAGAGAGCACGACUACAUCUCGUACCGCCAGGGCAUGAAUGAGUUGUUGGCAGUUGUGUACAUCGUGUGCUACCGCGAUCAGGCGAGGCCGUCGGAUUCGGCUGCUGAUGCGGCGUUCGCGGAGCUAUGCUCGGGCAACGCCAACGACCUUGAGGCUGACGCAUAUACGCUCUUCGAUGCAUUGAUAUGUCUCGAGAUACAACUCAUGUUUGAUAAUGCGGCUGCAAAGAUUCCAUCAAUAAAAAGUCACAAAGCCAAAUCUGCCAAUUUGGCUCACCUUGUCUCACUACCUGGGCGCACGAAGGCCAACAACAACCACAAUUCAUUCAUCGCAAGAACAAAGUUCAUUUAUUCGAGUAUACUUAAGGAUUACGACCCCGCGCUGUUCAAGCACUUCCGGGACAUCGAGCUGGAGCCUCACGUGUUCCUCAUGCGUUGGAUACGGCUGAUAUUUAGCCGAGAGUUCAACGUCAAUGAAACGUUGUGCCUGUGGGAUGCGGUGUUUGCGGACCACUUUCUCACCAACAUUGAGGGAGAACGACUACCGGAGUUCCAGUUUGAGCUGAUCGAUUUUUUCGCGGUGGCCAUGAUGUCGUACGUCCGUUUAAAUCUGCUAGAGAACGAUAUAAACUACUGCCUGCAGCGGCUCUUCAAGUUCCCACCUAUUGAAAACAUUUCCCUGCUUAUCGCAAAAGCGCACAAGAUUCGGCGCCAAUUCCACAAGUUGGAUUCUGGAAAAACAACGAUGGCCAACGGUAAUAGCUCGGCCCGCCGCUCGAGCAGCAUCCCUUGGGCACCAGUUGAUGACGGCAGCCACGUCACAAUGGAUACGACGGGACGGUCAAGUACAUCAAGAGCGGUUGAUAUGAGAGGUAACGAGAGUGGCAAAACGCCAUAUAUGUCGUUGGAAUGUAUAGAUAGCAACGCAUCAGCCUUCGCGUCACCAUCGGAAUCUGGCCUCUCAGCAAGUGCCGAGGGUCUACGACAGGCGCUUGAAGGUGUUGCUGCGCGGAUCUACAAACUCUACGAGGAAGCUUUUGCUGUUGGAAGCGACAAGAUGAUGAACGACAUCCAGGAUAUACACAGCGAGGUCACUCGUAUUCUCGCAACGCUGGAUUCCUAA